AUGAGGCACGCUCCAUCGCCGGCCAUGCUCCUGUUGCUGCUGCUUCUGGGGAUCGAGCUGGCCACUGUCACCUACAUCAGCUGCAGAGCUCUGAAGCCCGAUGCGGCGACCGCGGCGCGGAGGCACGGCGGCGGCGCCGUGCUGUGGACGACGGUGCGCGCGCCGCCGCGGACGGCGCCCGAUGUGGGCGGCGACGUGGGCGCGAGGGCGGCGGUGCAGGGUGAGUCCAAGAGGCUGGUUCCACAGGGCCCCAAUCCACUGCACAAUUAA